GACAAAAAAAAGUACACAAUUAAAUCUCAGCAGCAGUGAAAAUGAUGACGACUCCAUUAUGAUAAACCAUGUUAGUUCCAAAACUGCUGCUAAUGAAUGUGCUGGUAAUGACAAGAAAGUUUUACAUCCUCCUUAUUUGGGCAAGUUUGUCACAAGUCGCAGAAGACCACUGCCACCCAUCCAAACCAAGCAAAUUGCUGUUCUUCACCACACAUUAAAUUCAUCUGAUGAUUUCCUCCCAUCAUCCUUCCAAAACAAGCGCAGGAAGACUGUGUGCAUGAAAAACUAUGACUCAAAUAAACAUGCUGCUCGCAAAUGCUUACAGAACCGUGUGCCUCUGGCUGAGGUAUCUUUUAAUGACAGCGAUGACCAGCAUCUCCCAAGUAAAUGUCCCCUUCUGUCCAGCACCCCUUCUGUAGUCUGCAGACAGCUGAAAAACCUACCAGAGCCCUCCAUCAGUGAGAUCUCCUCCCUCAGCUUUGAUGAAUCUGGACAACCUGCCGAAAACAACAACAAUUCUAAUGGUUUGGACUAUGUCAAAGAAUGCGAUAUCAUUCCACAGGCAAACACUAAGCAACAGCUCCAAAACCCAGGUGUCUGUUCUGAGAGAGUCAUAGAACUGAAAGAGGGAGAAAAGGAUGUAACUGAGAAAAGGAAAGAUGAUUACAGAGAGAUGGUUCAGCAUAAAAGAGGAUUCUCAGAGGCCAUGUCUGCUCAGACACACACAGAAUACCAAGGUGUCACAAAGUGGAGACGGCUGUAA